UCGACAGCAUCCAGAACUAUAGAGCAGCCGUCCCCAUCACUCGCUUUCCUCCCCUCCUCCUCUUUUCUCUCACCGCCAGAUCGCUCUCUGCGUCUCUCACCCCCUCAUCCCCAUCCACCUCCCCAGCUCUGUCCCUCACUCCUCUGACGCACGACGGGGAAACAGACCCGAGGAAAGAAAAAAAAGAAAGAAAGAAAGAGAAAGAAAGAAAGAAAAGAAAGAAAGAAAGAAAAAAAAGGCAGCAGCUGACCCAGCCACAGUCGAUAUGAUCCACAGAUUCCUUCUACUGCUGUGCUGGAAAGAAACGCGGUCCUGAAACCGAGAGGAAAAUACUUGCACCCAGCUAUACCGUUGUUGAGCCCGCGCCCGGGAGGCGACAGAGGAGAAGGAGGGAGAGGAAAGGGGUGGAAGGGGAAGUGAACGGACACAAGCCGAGGACUUGCAUUUUAAACAAACUGCUUAGAAGAAAAAAAGGGGAAGGGGGGGAGAAAGAAGGGGAGAGAGUCAGAGUAACCGGAGUGUGAGAGUGGCAGGGAUCGCAUUCCUAUCACGUCUUCAUUUCUCCUCUCUUUUGCCUCUGCCACUGAGAGAUCGAGAGAGAAGAAGAGAGAGAGGGAGAGAGCGAAAGAGAGGAGGGGGGAAGGAGAUCUAACAAGAUUGAAACUAGUGGUCUUUUCCCGAUGCUUUGCAAUUGCCGAGCAUCGGACGUUGAGCGGGACGCACCGGGCAACAACAGGACACAUUGCAGGAGGAUAUGUGAAGUUGGAGUCCCACUAAACUAAUGUUGUGAAGUGGCUCUGUCCCUGGAGCCAAGACUUCAUCCCUUUGGUGUCAGCAAGGAUGCUGUGGGUUACCUUGCUGAGCACCAUAGCCUUAGGAUGGACCACUCCAAUCCCACUACUGGAGGACUCAGAGGAGAUCGACGAGCCCUGCUUCGAGCCCUGCUACUGCGAGGUCAAAGAGGGCAUCUUCCACGUCCACUGUGACAGUAAAGGAUUUACAAAUAUCAGCCAGAUCUCCCAGAUAUGGAGCCGACCCUUCAAGCUCAACCUGCAAAGAAACUCCAUGAGGAAGCUUUACUUUAACAGCUUCCUCCAUCUUAACAAUGCCAUAUCCAUUAAUCUGGGCAACAAUGCCUUGCAAGAUAUUCAUGCUGGAGCGUUUAAUGGCUUAGGAAUACUCAAACGGCUGUUCCUGCAUGAAAACAAACUAGAAGUUUUCCGGAAUGACACUUUCCUGGGUUUGGAGAGUUUAGAGUAUCUCCAGGCAGACUACAAUGUUAUCAAAAGGAUUGAAAGUGGUGCAUUCAGACACCUCCACAAAUUGAGAGUACUUAUACUAAAUGACAAUCUGAUCCCUGUCCUCCCAAAUUAUCUUUUUCGAUCUGUGUCACUCACACAUCUGGACUUGAGAGGAAACAGACUAAAGACAUUGCCGUACAAGGGCACACUGGAGUAUAUUGGGAGGAGCUUAAUGGAAAUCCAGCUAGAGGAGAACCCCUGGAACUGUGUCUGUGAAAUUGUCCAGUUAAAAACAUGGCUUGAGAGAAUACCAUAUACAGCUUUAGUGGGUGAGAUCACAUGUGAGUAUCCCUUCCACUUACAUGGGAAGGACUUACGGGAAAUCAAACGCAGUGAGCUCUGUCCUCUGCUCUCAGAUGCAGAGAUAGAGGCUAAGCUGGGAAUUCCCAGGAUUCCAUUCAGCAAUGAGAACACAUGGCCUACUAAACCUUCCUCAAUGCUCUCCUCCUUUCACAACACAGCCUCUUCUGUGGAAUACAAGGAAAGAGUUGUAAAGCCUACCAAACGACCUCGGCCCACAAAGAACCCCCCAACUCCUCGUAGCAUCUACCCAGGCAUCAAUCAGCCCCCCAUUGCAGGUUACCAAACAAGGCCUCCUAUUCCAAUAAUUUGCCCUGCUGGAUGUAUUUGCAAUCUUCAUAUCAAUGACCUGGGGCUAACAGUAAACUGUAAAGAGAAAAGCUUUCAUAACAUCUCAGAGCUUCUACCGCGGCCUCUCAAUGCCAAGAAAUUGUAUCUCAGUGGAAACCUAAUACAGAAAAUCUAUCGUUCUGACUUUUGGAACUUCUCAAGUCUGGAUUUACUGCAUUUAGGGAAUAAUCGGAUAUCUUAUGUCCAGGAAGGCGCCUUUAUCAACCUACCAAACUUGAAAAGUUUAUAUUUGAAUGGGAACGACAUUGAGAGACUCACCCCUGGGAUGUUUCGGGGCCUUCAUAUGUUAAGUUAUCUUUACUUUGAGUAUAAUGUCAUUCGUGAAAUACAGCCUAAUUCCUUUUCCCUGAUGCCAAAUCUCCAACUGGUUUUCCUCAAUGACAAUUUGCUGCGUUCCCUCCCCACUGAUGCCUUUGCUGGAACCAACCUUGCACGUCUCAACCUCCGCAACAAUUACUUCCUUUCUUUGCCUGUGCAUGGUGUACUGGAGCAUCUGACCUCAAUUGUCCAGAUUGAUCUCCAUCAGAACCCCUGGGACUGCUCCUGUGAUAUCAUUCCCCUCAAACAGUGGUUGGAAAAGCUCUCCUCUGUCAUUAUAGUUGGAGAUGUCAUCUGCAAGACACCAGAGUUUGCUUUGGGCAAGGAUCUUCGUUCAUUAGAGGUUGAGAUCAUCUGUCCUGAGCUUAAGUAUUCUUCCGGCCCCUCCCCAGCUCUGCCUGGCGGAAAUGACUUCACCACAGGAAGCUCGGACAUGGGGGAGGCAGGUGGGAGAGGUGCUGUCCCACUGUCUGUCCUCAUCCUUAGCCUACUAAUCCUCUUCAUAUCUGCUGUGUUUGUGGCCGCCGGGCUUUUUGCUUUUGUUCUUCGUCGCAGGAAAAAGCUGCCCUUCCGAAAACGUUCCGAGGUAGAUUUGACAGGGAUCCAAAUGCAAUGCAGAAUUUUUGAGGACCCACCGAGGCAAAGCAGUUCUGGGAACACUGGCACACCAGAGAAACCUACACAGAGUAUGCACACACACACCCAUUCUAGUCACACACAUGCUCAUGGCCAUGUUUAUGAUUACAUCCCCCACCCUGUGACUCAGAUGUGUAACAACCCCAUUUAUAAACCUAGAGAAGGGGAGAUAGCAGAGGAGGAGAGAGCACAGUUUUCUGAGAAGAAAGACAAUGGCAGCAGUAGCAACAGUAACUACAGAACCUUGUUAGAAAAAGAGAGAGAGUGGACCCUGGCUGUCUCCAACUCUCAACUCAACACCAUUGUUACAGUCAACCACGCCACGACUGACAUGGCAGGAUUUCAUGAGAAUGGGGGGCUCUGCCCAACAGUGAUUGACAGUCAGAGGCCCACACCAACAGUUGGUUUUGUAGACUGUUUGUAUGGGACAGUACCCAAACUAAAGGACAUGCAUGUGGCGCAUGCACACCCACCAGGCAUGCAGUACCCUGAUUUGCAGCAGGAUGCACGGCUUAAGGAGACAUUGCUUUUCACAGCGGGGAAAGGUUGCUACCCUGACCCAUCCCAAAGUGAUUAUCUUGAGUUGAGGGCCAAACUUCAAACCAAGCCGGAUUACCUCGAAGUCCUGGAAAAGUCUUACCGGUUUUAACAUCUCUAGCCCAUGGAGAAAAAACACAAAGUCAACAUAUUCACUUUGCCACCCUCAAAACAAACUCACCCAAAAGCUAUGUUUAAAAAAAAACAAAAGCAAGAAAACAACAACAAAAAAAACAA